CUUCCUCCAGAGUAGUAUUCGUAUCUACUGCACAGAGGAUGAAAGUGAAAGGAUCCCAGAGACUCCAGAUCAGCUGCCUUCCCGAUUAGGCAGGAUGUGUUCACGUGCAAUGACAACAAAACAUUAUGCUCAUAUUAUGCUCAUUUUAUACUCAUUAUAUGAUUGCAUUAUGCUCGCAUCUCUGCUCACAAUAUAUACUAUUACCAUGUCCUAUCACCUGUAUCUGGAGAGUUAUCAGGCUUGUACGGAGUAUGGACGGUAAACAGAGCCACCAACUUGAAGGGAGAUCGUCGCUGCAGCGCGAUUGACACGAUCAGCCAACCAACCAACGAGCUAACUAUGGAGCAGCGGGGGCCAUCUAUCAAAGCAACCUUGAAGCUCCCAGCUUGAGAUACAACGCCCACAACAUCAAAAAAACCACCUCAUCAGUCACUACCCCUAUAGAAUGCCUAGCAAGCCAGAAUGGAUCCUCGCCCCAGCCGAUAUACAGCCCAACACAACAAUAACACUCGGAAAACUAAUCGUCAAUCCCCUCACUCCAGAAGGUCCACCAUAUCUCGACCCCGCGCUGCCCAUCCCGCCCGGCGCCACGACCGAAUUCAACUACCCCUGGACGCGUGAGGUCUCGCAUGAGCGCUCGAGCAUGGUCGGGCUGUUUGGAUCAUUCAUGGCAAAUGUCGGUUUCGGCGGGGAUGUAAGCGCGCAGUUUGACCGGCAGAGCAAGUCGCGGGUUGAAGUCGCGAGACUCCAGACUGUGAAGUUUGAGCCUGGCGAUGAGUAUCUGGAGAAGACGCUGAAUGGGAAGCUGAAUUUGAGGUUUUUGAAAGAGACGGGGUAUAGGAAGCCGAUCUAUGUUGUUACUGGGCUGAAGGUUGCGUAUGGGGGGAAGACGACCAUGUCAAAGGGGAAGGGAACCGGAGGUGAAGGUAAUUUUGGGAUCAGUCCUGGUGUUCCAGGGCUCGAGCUGGGCCCAAAAGCUGGGUUGAUCUGGAAGAAUGAAGAGAGCGAGGAAAUCGGGGAGCCAAUUGACUUUGUGUAUGCCUUUCGGGUGAACAAGGUCCAUUAUUCGCGACGGAGGGAGAGAUUUGUUCAGGAGAAUUAUACCAAGAGAAUUGUGUUCUCGCAACCGAUGUCGUUCGAGCAGGGCAACACUGCCGAGCCUGAGAUUCUCGAGCCUGAUGUUGUCCUGAUGUUAUUCCAGUACAAUCGGAGUAUGAGAUUGAGGGCGAAGGGGUGGAACUACUACGGCUGGAAGAAGGGACCUCCAGCCAGGAUGAGUUUGGUAUUAAAGGCCAAAGCGUCUUGGAUGAAAGUGGUGAGGCUUGUACAUUACUCACGCCGUAGACAAUAAAC